AUGGACGAUCUCGAGUCUCUGGAGCUGUUGUCGCUCGUGUCGCGAGUGACAAACGAGCUCCAGAACUACCUGGGUAUCAGCGACAAGACCCUCGCCGAGUUCGUCAUCAACCAACAUCUCCAGUUCAAUGGCUCUUUCCCCGAUUUCAAAAAGUCUCUCGACGAGAUGGGCGCCGAAUUCCCGCAGAGUCUCAUGGAGAGUGUCGACCGUCUGGUGCUCACCAUGCACCCCAAGUACAAGGGAAAGAAAGCAGAGAAUGGGAAUGGAGACGUGAAUGGAAAUGACGACAUGGACCUGCUCGAUGCCUUAGAAAAGAAAUCUCGCGUGUUCAAGGGCCUUGCGGUCCCCGAUACCGAGAAGCGAUGGGAGGAAGAGGAUUACACAGAUCGCCUAGCGGCAGACGAGGCUGAUGCUCAGGCAGGUGCGAUGGACGACACAUUCGCGAUGCUAGAAGGAUUGGCUGGAAAAGCGAAGCAGGACACGUCGCACGCAACAAGAGAUGACCGCGACAGCAAGAAGCGGAGUCGCAGCCCUGAAUAUAACGACCGUGGACGGCACAGAGACAAAUAUCGCUCGCGGUCACGGUCACGAAGUGCUCAACGCUAUGGCAAAAACGAUGACUACGUGGAUGAAUUUGGCAGAUCUAUUGGCAAAUACGGCAGCAGGGACGACAGCCGCCGGAAUGGUCGCAGUGACCGCCGCAGACGUGACCGCGACAGCCAUGAUGACUUUCGCCGUGCUCCUCCCGUCGAGCUGGAUGAUAAUCCGGUACUUUACAAGGUCUACGAUGGAGUCGUCACGGGCGUGAAGGACUUUGGUGCUUUUGUCAACUUGCAAGGCGUCAAAGGAAAGGUGGACGGUCUUGUCCACGUUUCUGCUAUGCAAGAAGGAGUGCGUGUGAACCACCCUUCAGAUUUGGUCUCGCGUGGACAACCGGUUAAGGUCAAAGUCGCAAACAUUGAGGGCACUCGUAUUGGACUAUCUAUGAAGGAAGUGGACCAGGCCACGGGCAUGGAUCUUGUACCCCAGAAGCGCCUUGCUUCAGGUGCCAAUAUGGAACGUCUCGACGGUACACUAGGGAAUGACCGAUACGGCAAUCUCAGUUCUGAUGUGCCUAUCGUUGAGGAGUCUGGUAGUCGGCCGAUGAGAAAUCGCAAGCGCAUGACUUCGCCAGAGAGAUGGGAGAUCAGACAAUUGAUCGCCUCUGGUGUUGCCUCUGCAGCGGACUAUCCUGAUAUCGAUGAGGAAUACAACGCAACUCUCACCGGUGAAGGCGCCUUCGAAGAGGAAGAAGAUGUCGACAUCGAAGUCAAGGACGAGGAGCCUCCUUUCUUGGCUGGUCAAACGAAGCAAUCCCUCGAACUUUCCCCUAUUCGUGUUGUUAAGGCUCCUGAUGGAUCAAUGAACCGCUCUGCUAUGGCAGGAACCAACCUUGCCAAGGAGAGACGAGAAUUGAAACAGCAGGAAGCACAGGACAAGGCCGCUGAACGGGCAGCCGACGUCGACCUCAACGCACAAUGGCAGGAUCCAAUGGUUGCACCAGAGGAGCGGAAGUUUGCCGCCGACUUGCGAAGUGCUCAACAGCCAAAGCAGGACGAGGCAGUGCCGGAGUGGAAGAGAGUGACGAUGGGCAAGAACACCGCCUUCGGAAAACGAACUACCAUGUCUAUCAAACAACAACGAGAGAGUCUGCCUGUAUACAAGUUCCGCAAACAGCUACUGGAUGCAGUCAAGGAUAACCAACUGAUGAUUGUUGUCGGAGAUACAGGUUCUGGAAAAACCACACAGUUGACACAGUAUCUUGCCGAGGGCGGCUGGGGAAACAAUGGAAUCAUUGGUUGCACCCAGCCUCGUCGUGUUGCUGCCAUGUCCGUGGCCAAGCGUGUGGCCGAGGAAGUCGGCUGCAAGCUUGGAGCAGAGGUUGGAUACACAAUCCGUUUCGAGGACUGCACCAGCCCAGACACCAAGAUCAAGUACAUGACCGACGGAAUGCUUCAGAGAGAAAUUCUUCUGGAUCCUGAUCUCAAAAAGUAUUCCGUCAUCAUGUUGGACGAGGCUCACGAGCGUACUAUCGCGACUGAUAUCUUGUUCGGAUUGUUGAAAAAGACAAUCAAACGCAGACCUGAUCUCAGACUGAUUAUUACGUCUGCCACUCUGGAUGCCGAGAAGUUCUCUGAAUACUUCCAUGGCUGUCCCAUUUUCUCGAUUCCCGGUCGAACUUUCCCCGUCGAGGUCAUGUAUUCCAAGGAACCUGAAUCGGAUUAUUUGGAUGCUGCUCUUAUCACUGUCAUGCAAAUUCACUUGACAGAACCCCAGGGAGACAUUCUGCUCUUCUUAACGGGACAAGAAGAAAUCGACACAGCAUGUGAAAUUCUAUUCGAGCGAAUGAAGGCUUUAGGGUCUACUGUUCCAGAAUUAGUCAUCUUGCCUGUCUAUUCUGCACUUCCCAGUGAAAUGCAGAGUAGGAUUUUUGAUCCUGCCCCAGAAGGUGGUCGAAAAGUCGUCAUUGCAACCAACAUCGCAGAAACCUCUAUCACAAUUGACCAGAUUUACUAUGUCAUCGAUCCCGGAUUCGUGAAGCAGAAUGCCUACGACCCGAAGCUCGGUAUGGACUCUCUGGUUGUGACUCCCAUCUCACAGGCACAGGCCAAGCAACGAGCUGGUCGUGCCGGACGAACUGGACCAGGAAAAUGCUUCCGACUGUACACCGAAGCUGCGUACCAGUCCGAAAUGCUUCCAACCACUAUUCCCGAAAUCCAGCGUCAGAAUCUCUCACAUACUAUUCUCAUGCUUAAAGCAAUGGGAAUCAACGAUCUUCUUCAUUUCGACUUCAUGGACCCCCCUCCUACCAAUACCAUGUUGACAGCACUCGAAGAGCUCUAUGCAUUGUCAGCCCUGGAUGACGAAGGUCUUCUUACUCGACUUGGUCGUAAGAUGGCCGAUUUCCCCAUGGAACCUGCGCUUGCCAAGGUGCUUAUCGCCUCUGUGGAUUCAGGUUGCUCCGAGGAAAUGCUCAGUAUUGUUGCUAUGCUGUCUAUUCAAUCAGUCUUCUACCGCCCUAAAGAGAAACAGCAACAGGCCGACCAGAAGAAGUCCAAAUUCCACGAUCCACAUGGCGAUCACCUCACCCUGCUGAAUGUCUACAACGGCUGGAAGAACUCGAACUUCAACAACGCCUGGUGUUUCGAAAACUUCAUCCAAGCACGACAGAUUCGUCGCGCCCAAGAUGUUCGCCAGCAACUUCUAGGUAUCAUGAACCGCUACAAGCACAGGAUUGUCUCCUGUGGCCGUGACACCAUGAAAGUACGACAAUCCCUAUGCACAGGUUUCUUCCGCAACGCAGCCCGCAAGGAUCCCCAGGAAGGAUACAAGACCCUGGUCGAGGGCACACCUGUGUACAUGCAUCCCAGCUCAGCAAUGUUCGGCAAACCCUCCGAGCAUGUCAUCUACCACACCCUGGUUCUCACAACCAAGGAGUACAUGCACUGCACGACAGCCAUCGAACCAAAGUGGCUCGUGGAGGCAGCCCCGACAUUCUUCAAGGUUGCUCCUACAGAUCGCCUGUCGAAGCGCAAGAAGGCAGAGCGUAUCCAGCCUUUGCACAACCGCUUUGCUGGCGAAGAUGAUUGGCGUCUGUCUGCGCAAAGGCGCCAAGGCAGAGGUGGCGGUGGCGGUACUUGGGGUUGA